UACUGCUUUCUUUACCCUGGUCAUAAGCAGGAUGGCGGCUGGGGAGCCGCGGGAUGGAGGCGGCUACUACUUCAGAUUCCUGCCUCAUAGAACCUUCUCAUCGCUGAGCGCCCGGGAGAUCACCAGCCGGCUCCGCCAGUGGUCCAUGCUGGGCAGAAUCCAGGCGCAGGCGUUCAGCUUCGACCAGACGUUCCAGCCCUACCAAAAGGAUGAUUUUGUCAUGGCUUUUUUCAAAGACCCAAAUGUUAUUCCAAAUUUGCAGUUACUCUCAGAUUCUUCUGGACAGUGGACCACAUUAGGAUCUGAAGUGAAAAAAAUUGAAGCUAUAAAUGUUCCAUGCACACAACUUUCAAUGUCAUUUUUCCAACGGUUAUAUGAUGAAAAUAUUGUACGAGAAAGUGGACACAUUGUCAAAUGCCUAGAUUCUUUCUGUGAUCCGUUUCUCAUUUCAGAUGAACUGAGAAAAGUUUUGCUCAUGGAAGACUCUGAAAACUAUGAAGUCUUUAGCCCAGUGGAAAGGGAAGAGUUCCUGUUCUGCCUUUUUAAGCAUCUCUGCCUCGGAGGGUCCCUUUGUCAGUAUGAAGAUGUGCUAAAGCCAUAUCUGGAGACAGCAAAGCUGAUCUAUAAGGAUCUGGUGAGUGUUCGGAAACAUCCUCGAACCAAGGAAAUACAAAUUACCUCUUCUGUCUUUAAAGUAAAAGCCUACGACUCCAGUGGCGUGUGCUACCCUUCACCUAAAGAGCAUGAGCAGACAUUCUCGUAUUUUGUUGUGGACCCCAUCAAGCGUCACGUGAAUGUCCUAUACCACUGCUAUGGUGUAGGGCACAUGGCUUAGGGUUGUUUAAGCCAUCUAUUACACUGUUCUUUAGUUCACUGUGUCUCUGCGUCAGCACUCAUAGGUAGAUAUAUGGGCUCUCUGCAGACCCAUCG